GUUUGAGCUUUGUGGUUAGGGAGUUCAUUUUAAAAUUUGCCUCUUUGUCUACACCCCAUAACCAAACAGUGUGUCAACCUUUUUUCUGAAAGAGAUACAUACAUAUAUACAAGAAUAUAGAUACACAAACAUUGAAAUAGAGAUAGUGACAGAGAAAUUAGUUUCUUGUCUUCUUCCGAUCCUCUGCAAUGGACAGAGUUCUCUAAGAUUUGUCUCUUUUAGUGAAAAUAAAACAUUGAUUUCAUCUUUCAACUUUGAUUUCCUCCAAUUCUUAGGAUUUCAAUGUCUUCUGAUCUCUUUGUGUUUGACAACACUUUCCUUGACCCUUUCUUCCACGAUCAAGAUUUCUUCCAAGAAUUCCCAGAUGAGUUCACCUUGGAUCAGCAAGAAAACUUGAUUGGUGAUGAGAGAAAUUCAUCCAGUUUGGACCAGAUUGCCACUGCCCUUCUCUCCUCUUCUCCCCCAAGCCACCAGCUCGAGAGCCUCUCACUAUCCCAAACUACCCCUCUCUAUGCAGACUACUCUUCUGCCGCUUUGGAUGUGAAGAUUGAGGAUUCUCAUCAGCCCCAAUCUUUCUACCCAUCCUUUAUGCCUCCCCAGAGCUAUGGUGCCGAGAAUGCUAUGAAGAUGAUGCAGAGGAGCUUUAGCAGCAACUCCUUUGAUGGCAGGCCUAGUAAUUUCUCCCCUUUCCAGCCCCAAUUGGAUACCCUCUUGGAAUCACCUAAUAAUCUCCAUGCCCCCCAAGUCCUCAGCUCCCCUGAAAACACCAGCUUUUCUUCCGGCCAAAUGAGAAGAGUUUGCAGCACUGGAGAUUUGCAGAAGAUGAAAUCAAGGAACACUCUUUCUUCAAGCCCAUUGUCAAGGGAAAGCUCAUUCAUGGAGGAAGCCAACUUCAAGGUGGGACGCUACAGUGCCGAAGAAAGGAAAGAGAGGAUUCAUAGGUACAGGGCAAAGAGGAACCACAGGAAUUUCAACAAGACAAUUAAGUAUGCAUGCCGGAAAACGUUAGCCGACAACCGGCCGCGCAUACGUGGUCGAUUUGCGCGCAACGAUGAAGCCGGCGAGAUUCCAAAAACUGCAAAUUUUAAUAGAUUUGAAGACGAAGAUGACCUUUGGAUUGAGGGAAUGCAUGAAGAAGAAGAAGAAGAUGGGUUAGUAGGAAAAGGGCCAUUUUUCAACAGCUAUGGGUCGACUACGACGUCCGCUAUGCCGACGCAUUAUCAAUAUUUUAGCUAUUGACGGCGGCGAUAAUGAUACAUUAUUACAGUAUUAUUUAUUAUUUAUUAAUAGAAAUAUUACUAUUAUUAUAAUUAUUAUAUUAUUAGGAUAAUAAAAGUCUUUUGUUUUUUUAGUUCACCAUGAUGCUUUUGGUGAUGCCUAAUUAACUAGUAGGCUAUUAUAUGUAUAUUUUAUUUUUCCUAUUUUGAUUUGAUCUGAAGAUGUAAGUAAUGAUCUAUUUUCAUCCAAUAAAUUAGUUUAUGAGCAUUUUUAUUUAUAA